AUGCCAUCACUGGAAAGUAAGCCUAUAAUCAAUGAUGUGGUGGUCGGUUUUGAAGAUGAGGCAGCAUCAAUAAUCAAUCGACUCCUACGAGGAUCACGCAAGCUGCAGGUUGUUUCCAUAGUUGGAAUGCCAGGACUUGGUAAGACAACUUUAGCUAGAAAAGUUUAUAAUGAUUCUUCACUUUCUGACAAAUAUUUCAAGAUGAGUGAAGAAGAUCUGGCAGAAGUCCUCUACAGGAGUUUGAAAAGAAACAAAUACCUCAUUGUUUUGGAUGAUGUAUGGGAUGUUGAAGCAUGGAAGGGCUUGCAAGCCUCAUUCCCUGAUGAUGAAAAUGGGAGCAUGGUUAUCUUCACAAGUCGACUUUGUGAUGUUGCUCCGCAAGAUAAACUUGACCAAGAACCUCAUUUGCUUCGUCAACUCUCUCAUGAUGAGAGUCAUGAGACAGUUGGAAGUUGCCGAAAGAAAAGUUAUUUCCUGGAAAAGAGUUGCCUCCAGAAUUGUGUGAAUUUCGGAUGCAAAUUGUGGAAAUUGUGCAAAGGAUUACCGCUUACUAUUGUUAUUCUUGAUGGCAUUCUAGCAACUACAGACCAACAUGGCUGGAAAGAAGUUGUGGAAAGUUUAAUUGAAGUGCUAGCAUUUUCUGAAGACUAUGAACACACUACAGAGAGGUUGAUUUGGCUAUGGGCUGCAGAAGGAUUUGCUCGACAAACUCAGCUCAAGAGCUCAGAGGAUGUGGCAAAUGAUUACAUGAUGGAUCUCAUUGGCAGAAGUUUAGUCAUGGUAUCCAAACAGAGAUCCAUAGGUGGAGUCAAAACUUGUUGCAUCCAUGAUUUUUUACGCGAGUUCUGUGUGACAAAAGCCAAAGAAGAGAACUUCUUUUAUCUGAUACAUGGGAAUGAUGAACUGUUUACUUUUGAAGUGCCACACUACCUACGCCGCCUGUGCAUCCACUCUGAGCCAGAGCACUUUUGUGAGUCAAGGCUUCUUAGAGUGUUGGAUGUAAGCCAAAUUCAUUUUGGGAAUACCUUUCCUAAAGAAAUAGAGUUGCUUGUUCAGUUGAAGUACUUGGCAAUUCAAGCCUUCGGGUGUGAGGAAUGUUUUCCUCGUCUACAAAAAUUAGUAUUGGAAAGAUGUCCUCAUCUGGAGGAGAUCCCUUCUUCUCUAGGAAAUAUUUCGACUCUUGAAAUGAUUGAGGUGGUUGAUUGUCCAAACUCUGCAAGUUCAGUAGAGGAAGUUCUGGAAGAACAACUGAGCAUGGGAAAUGCGGAUAUGCAGAUCAUUAUUUCAUCAUUUGCAACAGAUUACUGA